AUGGCGAAAAAAACAAGCAUGUUGGUCAUCUUCUCACUGGCAGCUCUCUUCCUCCUGGUCUCGACCGGCGAGGCAGCGGCCCUACCAGGCCGGAUACUUGACACCGACGGUAACCCGCUGAAAUCCCGUACAGCCAAGUACUACAUAUCGCCCGUUGUACAGGAUAACUACGGCGGCCUGACUGCCGAGUAUCGCACCAAUGGCACCUACGAGUGCCCAAAAUUCAUCAGCCAAGAAGAUUACUCGACCUUGGAUGGUGUAACCGCUUCUUUCUGGCCCGUCGAUGGCAGGAGUUCGGUUCGGCUUGCGACGGACCUGAACGUCGAGUUCCACGAGUGGAACCCCUGCCCGGAGAAGCCGAUCUGGACCUUACCGGCGACCGACCGAGCCACCGGCCAGAGGAUGGUGAGAUACGGUGGGGUGAUCGGGAAUGCGGGGCCGGAGACGGUGAACAACUGGUUCAGAAUACAGCAAUCUGGAAAGAACUACAAGUUGGUCUUCUGCCCCAGUGUGUGCAAGACGUGCAAGGCGGCCUGUGCAGAUCUCGGCCUUUACUACCAGAAUGGGCAGCGGUGGUUGGUUCUUGGUGGACGUCCCUUUGAGGUCAAGUUCAAAAGAUUUUCAAAGUAG